AUGGCGCCCACUCAGAGCGUAGAGGAGUUGACCGAAGACUACGGCAAGCAACUGGCAGCCAUGCGACAGACCUUUGCUUCGGGUCGAUCCAGGAGUGUGGAAUGGCGCAAGCAGCAGCUGUCUCAGCUGUUGAAGAUGUAUGAGGAGAAUCACGAGCUGAUUUCCAAUACCAUUGCUGCUGAUAUGGGUGGUACCAAGAUGCGUGGGAUGCCCGAGAUCGCGGCAGCUCAAGGUGUGGAUGAAGCAUUGGCGAACAUCGACUGCUGGACCCGUGAGCGCUGGGUGGAAGGCUGGAUCCACAGGCUGUGUGUCCGCCCAGAGCCGAAGGGAGUCGUCCUGAUCAUUGCUCCCUGGAAUGUGCCCUGGCAGCUGCUCGUGCGCCCCCUGGCUUCCGCCAUCGCUGCCGGAAAUCUGGCUGUGCUGAAGCCAAGCGAGCUCAACCCACAAAGCUCGCCACUGAUAGCGAAGCUGAUCCCGCAGUACUUGGACCCAGAUUGCUUCAGGGUGAUUGAGGGUGCUGUGCCAGAGACUACCGCGCUUCUCAACAACCGCUGGGACCACAUUUUCUACACAGGGAAUGCUGCCGUUGGACGCGUUGUCAUGGCCGCAGCAGCCAAGCAUCUGACACCAGUGACCAUGGAGCUGGGCGGCAAGUCCCCUGUACUUGUGGACGAAACAGCCAAGAUGGAUGUGACCUGCCGCCGCAUUGCCUUCGCCAAGUGGAUGCUGUGUGGCCAAAUUUGCGUAGCCCCGGACUACGUGCUCGUCCACAGGAGUAAGGAGGCCGAGUUCAUUGAGCGAAUGGUCAAGCUUGCCAAGGAUGGCUACGGCGAAGAUGGCACGCAGCAAGCUGACUUCGGGCGCAUCGUCAAUGAGCGACAUGCCGAGCGACUGGAGAAGCUGAUCAAAACUUGCGGUGGAGAAGUAGUCCAUGGUGGCUUUGAGGGAAUCCAGAAGAGCGAGGGCUUCGUACCUCCGACCAUCAUCAAGCAGCCUAGCAUGGAUGCACCGAUCAUGAAGGAGGAGAUCUUCGGGCCUGUCCUGCCUGUCAUCCCUUACGACAACCUCGAGGAUGCUCUGGAGAUCAUCAAGAAGCAGGAGAUUCCCUUGGCCUUCUAUGUGUUCUCCGAGAGCUCUCGUAACGUGGAGAAAGCCCUGACUGCCAUCCAGAGUGGGGGCGCUGGAGUCAACACCGUGUUUGAGCAGGUUGUGCCAGAGUCGAUUCCAUUCGGUGGCCUGGGGGAGUCUGGCUUUGGCAUGUAUCAUGGCAAGUAUGGCUUCGACGAGUUCAGCCACCAGCGUGCGAUCGUGCGGAAGUCCACUCUUCCGGGCUUCCAGGGCACGCUGUUCCCAUUGCCAAAGGCCGGGGAGGCGCUCCCCGAGUUUGUUUACCCACUUGUUGUCAGGUUGCAAUUGGGCAUAUUUCCUCAGAGCAUGAAGUCGUGUUGGCGUGGCCUCUUCCACAUGUUGAUGUCGCCGUUUCGGACGCUGGCGGGCCGAUGA